UAGAUGUUCUCUUUCCGCCAUCUUUAGCACCUGAGCAGCCGUCUGGCUCGCCUGGCAGUGGAGGACAAACUGUGCCACAGCUUCCAGGCCUUCCACUCUGCCUACAGCGACACUGGCCUGCUUGGCAUCUACUUCGUGAGUGACAAGCACAACAUUGAUGACAUGAUGCACUGGACCCAGAACGCCUGGAUGAACCUUUGCACCACAGUCACAGAGAGUGAUGUUACUAGAGCCCAAAACGCUCUGAAGGCCACCUUGAUUGGACAGCUCAACGGAACAACGCCAAUUUGUGAUGACAUCGGCAGACACAUUCUGAACUACGGACGGCGUAUUCCUCUGGCAGAGUGGAACGCCAGGAUUGAUGCUGUAACUCCUAGGAUGGUGCGUGACAUCUGCUCCAAAUACAUCUAUGAUAAGUGUCCUGCAGUAGCAGCUGUCGGUCCUAUUGAGCAGCUGCCCGACUACAACAGAAUGCGAAGUGCAAUGUACUGGCUCAGAUUUUAGGCAAAGAAACGGUGUUGUUCAGUUUGUCCUCUUCCCCUUGGCCUAGCUAUUCUUCUAUCCCUGCAAAUGUUAACACAAUCCACCCGUCUUCUCUCCCUUUUUAUUUUUUUUUAUCCCACCCCCCUCUGACUAGUCACCCAUGAGGGAUGCCGCAAGUCUGUCCGUAAAAUAUACUCUGUAUAUUAAUUGUAUACUCAUCAUCUGAAACCUUGUUGUAGAGAAAAUUGCAAUGAUUACAGAGUUGGUUUCAUGAUAAUUACCUAAAAUAAUUCAGCAAAAAAAAAAAUCAAUGUCAGAUGGAGCAACAAGAGUAUAUUUAUACAGACCGUAUACAUUGUUUUAUGUCCAUUAUUGUACAUACCAGAAGCUGUCAUUCAGACGGAAAUAAAAACGGUGAAACUUU